CCUCCUCAUCCUGAUUCGUUUCACUGCUUCCAGUUUGGUGAUCCUCUGAGUUUUUCUAAAAUUCUGUUUUUCAGAUAUGAUUUUACUGAACCUUCAAACCCAGAAGGAUCUGAUUAAAGAUUAUUGCAGUUUUAUCAACUUUUCUAUCGUUGGUAACGAAUCGACAGUAAAAUGAGUUGUAAUAAUUCACAGAAACGGCAUUUAUUAGUAAAAAUUAUAAUUGACUUUCUGAAAACAAAGAGAAUCACCAGCUUUAAUUCUUAAAGGGAUAGUUUGAUGCUUCAGGUUCAGUGGAGAAGUUUUAAGCAGUCAGUAGCUGUAAAUAGUUAGUAUUGAUAUCUGUAAUAUUCUCUGCUUAUUUCCUGAAAUGAUAAUAACAAAAAUAGUUUCUGGAAAGCUAAAGUCGGGUGAUUGUGAGUUGAGACGUUGAGUCGUUUAGGCUCCAAUUCUGACCAGCAUUGUUCCUCCGACUCCUCAUUUAUCAAACCAGUAUAGCGUACACUACAUUAGUGAACCUUACAGUGACUGUGUGAGCCUCACUUCACUCCACAUCAGUAGUCGGUCUAAGGGUUUAGGUUCUGUCCUCCAUUACUGCCUGUAAAGAGUCCAAACUGGUAGGACAGUGACUGCUUAAACCUUUCCUCUGAAAAACCAAACUGUUCCUUUAAGUAGGACACAUGCAUCUGACAUCUAGCUGUUCCCUCGAAGCCAACGUCUGCUCUGCAGACUUCCUCCUCCUCCUUUGUGUGAGUUACUUUCUGCUCUGGCUUUAAUGGGGCGUCUCCAGAUCUGAUGGGAGUCGGGUUAUGAGCGCUGAAGUGUUGAGCGGCCGCCUCCUGGUGCGAUCCACGCCGUUUUCUCUUGAUGAUGGUGUAAACUCAGCUCCAGGCUUCCCUCUCGUCCCCAACUGGUGGGGAAUGAAGGUGUUCUUCUUUUCCUGUUUCGCUUCUCCUGCUUCUGUCAGACAUCUUGGCUCUGAGCUUCACCAAAUUGGUCCAUUGUUCUUCCUGUCCCUUACUGCUGCUGGCGCCUCCUGAUGAACUUUGCAAUGCAGAAAGCUGUUUUUGUUGGCCGUCUAUCACCGUCUGCUCUCCAUGAUCUCCCAGGCAGCACAGAGGAGUUGAGGGCUUGCAGAGAGGAAGACAUGGCUCCAGAGCAGCAAGAAGAAACACUGGAGGACGUCAAAGAGAAUCACUUGAGCUGCGAUGGACAGGCUCCAGAAGCCCAGACCUGCCUUCCUUCUGAGGAAAGUCACCUCGAUGGUCAAAUAACUAUAGAUCCGAUUGAUCGUCCAGAUCCUAAAGCGAAAGCCGUAAUCGUUGUCAGCCAAGAUCUUCAGUUGAUCCAGACAUCUGGAGAAACAGAAACAUCUGAGGUUGAUUCCAUCAGUCAUCCAGGUUUAACCGAAACCCAAAGUACCGGCACUGAAGCACCUGGUGGUGACCUUUCAGGAGGUCAGGAACGGUCAGAAGUUGUUACGACAGAAUCUUUAGCUAAACAAGCUGUUCCAGUUGGAUUGAACUCCGAACCUCAACAAGAACCUGAGGAGGCAGAAAAUGACGAGGCUGAGGAAACGGCGAGUAAGUCCCAAGCUCAGGCCUCUACCGCGUCUGGGAAGAAGAAGAAAAGGAAGAAGAAGGGAAAGAAAAAAGGAGGAACUCAUGAAAACAAAGACCAACAAAAAGCUGGAACCGAGAAGCAAAACGAAAAAACCAGAAAGGAUUCAGUCAUACAGAAUAACGGGCUCACAGCAGAACAGGAUAACAGUGGGUCCACUGCUAGACCUCAAGUCAACCAAGAACCUGAGAAAGUAAAAGAUCUGGAGCCCUCUGAAAAUGUUUCUACCAAGGAAAAUCUGCAAGAACCGAACACAGAUCCGGGUUCAGAAGGUCACAACCAAGAGAAAUAUACAAACACCAAGAUGUUAGAAGGAGCUGAAGUUCUGGGAUCAACCCAGGUGCCUCGUCUUGGAGUGGAGAUCGUUAAUGAUACGCAGAACAAGGAAUGUGAAGAUCCAGAAAAGCCAAAUGAAGGUUCUGCUGUUGACAUCCUAAAGGAAUCUGAAAUAACUGGUCCUGAUCAAGAAGGUAAUCUUGUCACAUGUAAGAGCAAAGAUGAUCCUGAUUCGAGUGAAGAUAUCCCUACAAGAGAAGACACCUCAGAUCUCCAACAGUCAACCACAGAUCAUGUUUCAGGAGAUGAAGGGAAAACCGGAAACACGGAGAUGUUGGAACAAAGUGAUACUGUGGGAUCUUCUGAAACAUCUUGUCAGAUUGGAACGAGAGCAGAGCUUUCUGAGGACGAACAGAACGAGGAAGCAUCUCCAACAGCCAAAGAAACUGCAGAACCCCCUGAAGGAUUCCUCCUAGAUGAACCACUGGAAGAUUCUGUUCCAGAGGCCAAGAUGGCUGGAGGUGAUGCUAGAGAAACAAAUCUGCCCUCAAACGAAGGUGAUGAAGGUCCAAAGAAACACCUUCCAUCAUGUGACGAUACCGCUGCCACCCCAGCCUUCCAGGAACCCAACAAUGAUCACGUUUCAGGAGACCAGGAAGAGGAAACUGAUCCUGUGGAAUCAUCUGAAACUCCAGAUGAGGAGCUUGUUGAGGUUCUGCAGAACCAGGAAGGAACUUCAGAACCAGAGAAACAUGAAUCAGUGCUGCAAACCACAGAAACUUCCCAAGCUGAAACAAUUAAGGGGCCCAAUGUGUCUGAAACGGCUGAAGAUGUUAAAGAGAUGGAAUCUGAAACCGGCUCUGAUCGAGGAGCAAACCUCCUGACUUCUGGAAAGAGUGAAGAUCCUGAAGAAGCGUUUCCUCCAGACAGCUCUUCACCAGAAGACGUCGCUGUUGUCCAAAAUGUCCGCACCAAGUCAGAAUCAAUGGAUAGAGACGGGAAGAUGAUUAACAACCCUGAAAGCAUCAUUGAGUUGGCUGGUGAAGAACAUGAUGGAGUUCCUGAGUCCAGAACCUGUCCUGAAAUUAAUGAGGAAACAUCUGCAUCACCAGCAAACGAUGACGCCAGAGAUCAACCCGAAACCUCGCCAACCUCAAACAGCCCCAAGCCCUGCAUGAGGGAACCAGAGGAGGCAGCUGAGCCAGACGAUGGAGAGCCAAAGGUCGAGACCUCUGAAGAAAUCUGCCGAGAUGAUGAAGAGUUGAAUGGAGGAGGAGGAGAACCUGAAGAUCCACUGUUACACAUGAAAGAUGAGGUGGAGUUAGCGGAUCUAACCAAAGCAGAAACUGGAGAUACUGGUUCUCCUCCCAAAGAGGAGCAGAAGGAAGCGUCUGCUGAACGCCCAGAGCCUGAAGAUUGUCCAAACACUGAGGAGGUUAACUCUUCUCAAGGUGCUGAGCAGGUGAAGGAGUCCAUGGAGGAACCUGAGGGGGAUGAUUCACCUCCACACGUUCAGCUGGACAGCGACGAGGACGACGGAGAGGAGGACGAAGGACAGUCUUUUGAUUUUGAUGACUCGGAUGUGGAAGCAGCUGUUGAAUCUGCUCUGUGCAACAAACUGGAACAGGAAGACGAUGAGAAAGGAGCUGAAGUCAACGGGAAGAAUUCAGAGCUUUGCCAAAGUAACGCGGAGACAAAGACAGAAGAUGGCGAGGAGGUUUCCGAGGAUGACGAUAGCAAAGUUGAUCAGCCUUCAACUCAAAAUGACCUGCCGUGUGGAGACAACCCACCUGAAAAGGUUGAAAAUGUUCCAGAGAACAUUGAGCAGGAAACGUCCCCAACAGUUGAGGAAGGGUUAGAUGCCACCGAGGUUCCUUCAGAUCCACAAAAGACUCCAGAACAAACCGAUGGCGCCAAAGAGGUACCACAGGCAGGGAAAGACCCAAAGAAGAAGAAAGGCAAAGGCAAGAAUAAAGAGGACUGUAAGAUGUCUUAAUUGGUCUGGGACAACAGGGUCCAACACUCAGCAGGACGGGUCUAAAAUGGACCACAUACACACCAGUGACGGAUUCAGUUUGCAAAGAGCUGGAACAUCUAGAACUUCAUCAGUACUGGCUAUUGAAGCAACCAGAGGCGGUGAUAGCAGCACUUCAUGGAGUUUGAUGGGGUUUGAUGUCCCAGUGACCCGAUGAUGGAACCAGAAAAUCCACUCGUUGUUUCAUUGGUACCAUGUUUCAGAACCAGAGAAAUCUGCUUCUAUGCGAUUCGGCACGAACAAAACAAGAUUCUGUCCGUUCAGGACGUUUUGUACAUCUCUAGAAACCCAAGAGCAGAACUUCCACCGCAUCACACACCAUUACUGUAGCCACGCCCACUUCAGAUUUUAGACCAGUUGCGAACUCCCAGAUCAGAUCUGCAAACAAACACCUCUGGAGACAGAACAAAUGUCCUGGUUCUUGUGGAGUAUUUCCAUCCCUUUAGGACGAUGGCUGACGACGAAACACGUUGGGAAAGCAUGAAUGAAACUCCGAAACACAAAAACAACAAAAAGUGAAAUGAAAAACACUGCAACCAGAGGAAGCAGAAGCAAAAGGGAAAAUGAUGCAAAUAAGCAAAAACAGCAGGCAGCGUAAAAUGCUGCAACCUGGUUCCACAAACAGAAGUCCUCCAGACCACUAGGGGGAGUCUGGAGCAGGUACAUAUAUAUUCUGCUGUUAUGUAAAAGAUAUGAAGCAUAAUAUACCUUUUCCAACUUUCUUCUGGACUUUACUGAGGGUCUGGACCCAGAUGAUUUGGUGACCAACUCCCCCUGGUGGUGUGGAGGACUAAUGUUUCAUGGAGCCAGUUUGCAGCAUUUUGCAUUUGCUGCUGUUUUUACCAUUAAUGGCAUUUUACCUUUUGCGUUUAUCUCCUGUGGUUGCAGCGUUUUCUGUUGUUUGAGAGUUUGUGUCAGUCAUGUGAAUGCUGACACAUCAUCAGAUGUGGGUUUGCUCCAUCAGAUGUGGGUUUGCUCCAUCAGAUGUGGGUUUGCUCCAUCAGACCUCCUGGUAACCCACAGUCAAACUCCCUGAAGUUCUGCUGAGCUCUGGCUCCCAUCCCAGACCAGCCAGCUGCUUGGUUCACCAUCUCUGGUCUGCAUGUGGCCCAAACCACAGAAAAACUUACACAGCGAUGUGGCGUAAAGCGCCCUCUGCUGGAGAGUUCAGCUCUCUACAAGUUCUCAGAAUAUUUAAAGUCCUCUCAGCACUUUGAUGUAUUCCUGUAUGAACUGAAUGCAAGAGAAGUUGAGUGACCUGAACUGUCCAUCUCUGGUUUAUUGAACUGAUAUCAUGUUUGCCGUCUUCCUGCCGUUCCACUGCCUUCAUGGUUUAACUGUAAACUUUCAGGCCAAAGCAGCUUCUGCAUGUUUUUCUCUGUUUACCUGGAGAGCAGAUCAGACUCUCAGCUUCCCUCUGGAGUUCAGAAUGACUUUGAUUUUGUUUGCAUCUUGUUGCACUAAACCGUUAAAACCUGCUGUUACCGUUGCUCUAAAUAAACAUCUACUGAAACUUUUUGACGAAGCGGCGGUGUGUGUAAUUGACUGUGUGCAUGCUAACACCAUCACCCUCCCGUCCCUCCUGGAUGCUGCUGCGCUGCAUGCCUUGGUUCUCCUCCCCAUCCAUCUCCCUGGCUGCUGCCACCCUGCGGUACGUUCACACAUUCCCUUUAAAUAAAUCAUUGCUGUAUUUAUUGAUUUGAUCUGCGAUGCUGUAGGAAAGUCUUGAUUCUUCUCCUUUCUGGAAAUUUGGAAGAUAAGACUUUGCUUUUUCACUCAGUUACAUUAAUCGCUAUUUGUAGAUGUUUUUACAUAAAAACAUGCAA